UUCUUUAGGACCCAGAGGAGGCCCUGGCGCUCCGCAGUAGUGACAGAGCGGCGCGGGAUUGCGCAGAGCACGUUACUGGAAAUGGCGCAGCAGGCUGGGUUUGGGCGCCGGUACGUGAAGGCCUUCGUGAGCGGCUUCUUCGUGGCCGUGCCAGUUACCGUCACCGUCCUGGACCGGCUGGCGUACGUCGCACGAGUGGAGGGGGCGUCCAUGCAGCCUUCCCUGAACCCUGAGGGAGGCUCGGCGUCUGACGUGGUUCUUUUGAACCGCUGGAGUGUGCGAAACUACCGCGUGCAACGGGGAGACAUCGUGUCUGUUCUGUCCCCCAAGAACCCCCAGCAGAAGAUCAUAAAGAGAGUAAUCGCCUUGGAGGGAGACCUGAUCAGGACGAUGGGGUAUAAGAACCGGUACGUGAAGGUGCCAGACGGGCACUUUUGGAUCGAGGGCGAUCACCACGGUCACAGCCUGGACAGCAACAGCUUCGGCCCGGUGUCUCUGGGGCUGGUGCAUGCCAAGGCCUCCCACAUCAUCUGGCCCCCGAACCGCUGGCAGAGAAUCGCGGCCCAGCUCCCCUCUGACCGCGCCCCGCUGCUCCGGCUGAACGGAGACGUGGAGGAAGAGGAGGAGGACUGAAUCUGAGAGUCCCAGCCACACGCGUCACACCUGCGCAGGUCUACAACCGCACUCAAGCCUCCGCCCACAGGCACGCGGGCGUACGCGCUCUUACCCUGGGAGAACUGCAGGGGGCGCUGUGUUUCUUUCAUGCCACUUAAUUGAUGAAUGAAAGCGCUUGAUUGUGCUGCUUACUCACCGCACCUGGAUUCUUGGAUGUGAAUCGGGUGUUGGGUUUCAGGUGUGAACGUGAAACCAGCAGAACCCUGGAGCUCUGCUGGGGCGAGAGUGAAUACCCUGAUUUAUGUUAUGAACCGUUUCAAUGGAGAUGUUACUCCGGAAUUUUUUUUUUUUUCUUGUGAACAAAAUUGUUGCAUUGUCAAUGUUUUAAAGCUGAAAAUUGGUAUCAAAAGUAUUGCUUUUGUUUAUCACUGGACGUUUAGUUUUUAGCUUUAUAUUUGUUUAGUACGCAAGCUUGAAACCUCUCUGUUAUAUUGCCUACAUGUCUGCCAUCGAUUCAGUUUAUAGAUCAGUUUUUGUACAAACAGAACAUGUGAUUGGCACUUUUAUACUGCAUGUCGUUUGCUGUUAAAUGGUGUGUAGAUCAUGCGCUGGGUGCUGGAGGGCAUUAUCAGGAGAUUCUCCCCAUCCCCACCUCUACCUUUCUUUUUUCCCCCUCUUCCUCUCUUUGUGUUUUUCCCAUGAGGAGGAUGCUCGCUCGCCCUUGUGCCAAACCAUCCUCACUCACUCUGAUCCUAAGCCCAGUUUAAAAUGUGAACUGCAUCUGUGAACAGUUAAACAUCAAUCUGUAUGCUGUAACCGUCAAUAAAUCUCAUUUGAGCUUUU